AUGAGUGCAGUGGACUUCUUGAUAUCAUGUCUGCACUAUCCAUAUUUUUUAUUCAUGGAAAAUACCGGGCUUGAAAUAAAGCCCUUCAGAGUAGUUUGGUUCACUUCUUUUUUUAACAGAAAAAUAAUAAAAUGGUCAAUGGAAAAAACAAAAUUGUUAUCUCUGUGGUUCAAUUUAGGCGUUAUUGUCAGUAUAAUUUUGCUACCAAUCGCCUUGGGAGUUUUGAUCAAGAUGACAUUGUCUAAUUUUGUGAAUAAAUCAACUGGAGAUACAGCUGAUGUCAACUGGCACCUGUUCCAUGAGCUAGGUCACGCUGUCGCAGCAUCUCGCGAAAACGUCCAGAUUUACGGAGUUGGUUUUAUCUUGGCAUUGGUUCUGCCAAUUGCGUAUGUUUCAAUAAACCAAGAGCAGUUGAAGUCGCUUAAAGUACCAGGUCAGUUGAGAAUUCUUUGUGCUGGAGUGUGGCACAAUAUUUUUCUGGCUGCUGUAGCGGCUGCUAUUUUUUAUUUGAACUCGUGGAUUUGGGUACCUCUGUUUGUUUCAAAUUCUGGAGUUUUUGUAACAUCGAUUGCGAUGAAUUCACCGCUACUGGGAGCAAGAGGCUUAGAAGCUCGAGAUAUUAUUUUAAAAAUAAAUAAUUGCGAAGUUAAAAAUAAUGAUGACUGGUAUAAUUGUUUACUGCAGACAAUUAAAGAACCAACACCUGGAUAUUGUGUUACGCAAAAUAUUAUCGAAGAAAACGAUGAAUCAAUUCCAUCAUGGAUGUCCGAAAAUGGGGUAACAAAUUGCUGUAAAAAUAAAAACGAUGGAAAUUUAUGUUUUGAGUAUGUUGAAAAUUCGCAAGAUCCUUUAGAAUUGCCACCAUAUUUUUGUUUACCAGCUAGAAGAAUAAUUGAAAAAUCUGAAAAAAUGUGUCAAUUAUUUUCCGACUGUUCAGGAUCAGAUGUUCAUUGUAUCAAACCUUCUGUUGACAAUAUAACAAAAAUUGUAAAGUUAUCAACGCAUAAAGGAAAUGUCUUGUUUCUAGGCCACGCGGUAGAAAUUUAUCGCACUGUCAAGACAUCGAACUGGACUCCAAAGUAUCAGCUUUUCAGUCCCAGUCUCCCUGAAGGGCUCGAAACACUCUGCAAGUACGUGACUGUACUGUCCUUAGGCCUCGCUGUGAUAAACAUAAUCCCUUGUUUUUUUUUCGACGGUCAAUACAUAGUCGAAUCUCUUGUUCAAAGUACUCUCAGGUCGAUAGUCAGACAAAAGAGCGCACGAAAUUCAAUCGCUUUGAUUAUUACGUGCUCUGGAAGUGUUGUUUUCAUAAUUAAUUUGAUUGUCGCUUUAACCAAAAUGUACUGAGUCAUAUAAUUAUUUUUUUAAUAAGAAAUACAUGUAAAUAUAUACAUUCUUUACAGAAAUUUUAA